UGUUUAUUCUACUCGGGUCACAGUGGUGUUUAUUCUGCUCAGGGUCACAGUGGUGUUUAUUCUGCUCAGGGCCACAGUGGUGUUUAUUCUGCUUGGGGUCACAGUGGUGUUUAUUUUGCUCAGGUCACGGUGGUGUUUAUUCUGCUCGGGCUCACAGUGGUGUUUAUUCUGCUCAGGAUCGCAGUGGUGUUUAUUCUGCUCAGGAUCACAGUGGUGUUUAUUCUGCUCAGGGCCACAGUGGUGUUUAUUUUGCUCAGGUCACGGUGGUGUUUAUUCUGCUCGGGCUCACAGUGGUGUUUAUUCAGCUCAGGGCCAUAGUGGUGUUUAUUCUGCUCAGGAUCACAGUGGUGUUUAUUCUGCUCAGGUCACAGUGGUGUUUAUUCUGCUCGGGUCACAGUGGUGAUUAUUCUGCUCAGGUCACAGUGGUGUUUAUUCUGCUCAGGUCACAGUGGUGUUUAUUCUGCUUGGGGUCACAGUGGUGUUUAUUCUGAAUCCCAGUGAGCCUGUGUUGGUCAUCUGGAUUAAUGAAGAUAAUUAUGGGAUGGCAGAGGGGUGUCCAUGGAAAAAAUCAGAGUUUGAUAAUGGAGGUCUUAUUGUUGUUGUUGUUUUAUAUAAACUGUACCUAAUAAGGUGCAUAUAUUUAUAUAGAUACAUACGAUACAUAAGAUACAUGUAUUUAUAUAAACUGUACCUAUAAGUAUUCGCACCUGUCGUCCCAUCCAAAUGUAAGGCAAGGCCUUUUGUUUGUGUUGUACACCGAAUGCCCAAAUGAAACACAAAUGUCUUCAGUGCAAAGUAAACACAAAAGACUUGGCCUUGUUCCAGUGCCAUGAGAUGGGACUGUAGUUGAGUCAGUUCCUUGUAAAGGUGUAAUUCAUAACAUAAUAUUCAUGAACAAUACAGUAUUGUGUACAGUUAUGCCAGUUAUGGUUAGUUAUGUCAUUGUACAAUAUUCUUGUAUUUCACAUUAAAAUUCUUAUCAUUUGACCACUUUUCCAAAACCAUACCAGAGAUGCUGAGAUCAAUGCACACCAGAGACACUGUUUCCAUAGGAGACGCAAGGAAUCCCAGUAGGGAACCAGAGGAGACCAAGAGUAGACCCUGUAGCAGGUCAUGGGCUCUACACCAAUAAAGACUUGAGUCAGUGUUGCUAUGACAAUGUUGUCUUUGCAGGUUGAUGUAUGUUUUCCACCUGCACGAAAUUUGCAUUACUCAUUUUCACAGAUCUUCAAUCAGAGCCAUGUUCCACAUCCUGAUUCCUGCGUAAUACCUUCUUGAGUUAAUAAAGAUCGUGAGGCUUUAGAGCCACAAUCUGACUCCUCACACUGAGAGAUGAAGAUGAAGGCUGUUCUCUCCAUCCUCCUCUUGGCAGCUAUGACAGGAGCAUCUACUCAUCUGCGUUGGAAAAAAUACAUUUUUGUCAAUUUACAGCUUCACUGGACCGAUGCUCAGGAGUACUGCAGGAAGAACUAUGUCGAUUUAAUAUCCAUUGAAACAGAAGAAGAACUAAAUCAAUUCCAAAGUGCUAUAAAUACUCAAUGUUCCUCUAACUGCUGGAUUGGUCUGAGCAGGAUUCAACAAAUGAACUUUACUAAUUGGUCUGAUGGAAGUCUUCUAGAAUUCAGUUAUUGGUCCUCUGACGUAUCGUUUACUGACUAUUCUAAAAACUGUGUAUAUAUACACAACCACUGGCACUCUGAUGUCUGUAACCAAUCUCUAAACCUUGUGUGCUACACUUGGGUUUAUGACCUGGUUGUGGUGCAGGAGAUGAAGACCUGGGAAGAAGCGUUGAAGUACUGCAGAACAAAAUACUCUGGCCUGGUGAGCCUCUUCACAGACUCUGAUCACGCUGCAGUCAACAACAAGACAGAUGAAAUCCUGACAAGUGUUUUCUGGACCAGUCUGCACUUCAUGGAUGGAUCAUGGUUCUGGGUAAAUUCCACCCAGGAUGAAGAAGAAGAGGACAUGAUCUUUAUGCCCUCAUGUCCUGCUCCACAUUACCGUUGUGGAGCCCGAAGCACCAAGUCUAACGUCCUGGAGAACCGAGACUGUGAGGAGACAAUGAACUUCAUCUGCUACAACGAAACAAUGAAUUAAAUCAUGCUGAAUAAGUUCAAUCAAAAUGGAGAAGAAAAGAAGACGGUUUACAUUUCCAUCACAAUACUAACAUUAACGUGAUCUAAAUGAUUUCUUUUCUUUGUUUUAAUAUUUUCUUCAUUAAUCUGUUGCAGGUGUUAGUUAUUAUAGAGGAUAUUUAUCCUAUUUACUCUCAUAGUUUGGUGAUUAAUAAAUGUAAUAAAUGUUUGCAUGGAGCCUAAAGUGUGUGCUUUUAUAUAGACUAAUGACCCAUUAAU